AUGGAAGAGGAAAACGCGGAUGAAGUCGGUUCUGAGGAAUUCAUACUCACGGCCAAACAGCACCUCACUCACUGCGAUAACAAGUCUGACGCGUUUGGCUUCAACCAGGAGGUCUUGAUUUGGAAGAUUGCAGCUGAGGGAGGGCUAACACUCGGUGCCUAUUUCGAACAAGGGCUGGUCUACAAUGUUAUCGGGAUGAUAUCUUGCACUCUGCGAGAUCGGAGCUCCUGCGCGUGUGGUAUGCGGUAG